AUGGCCUCACCGAACAGGCACUGGCCGAGCAUGUUCAGGUCCAAUCUUGCCUGCAACAUCCGCCAGCUGCAGCAGCAGCCUGACAUGAACGGCAACGGCAGCGGCGGCGGCGGUGGCAGCUCGUCCCCUUCCCUCUUCCUGUCACCUUCACCCCCCGUUGCAACCAGCGGCAAGCCUUCUUUGAUCUCCUCAGGCUGCGAGGAGGGGACGAGGAAUCCGGAGCCGAAGCCGCGGUGGAACCCGCGGCCGGAGCAGAUCAGGAUCCUGGAGGGGAUCUUCAACUCCGGCAUGGUGAACCCGCCGCGCGACGAGAUCCGCCGCAUCCGCCUGCAGCUGCAGGAGUACGGCCAGGUUGGCGACGCCAACGUCUUUUACUGGUUCCAGAACCGCAAGUCCCGCACCAAGAACAAGCUACGCGCCGCCGGCCAGCUGCCGCUGCCGCAGCACGGCCGUGCCGCCCUGGCGCGCGCGUGCGUUGCGCCGCCGGCGCCGACGACCUCGACGACGAACAGCCCUGCUGCUGCGGCGCUUGCCCCCGUGACGCCGCCGCGGCAUCUCCUCGCCGCCCCGGGCAUCGUCGCGCCCACCUCCUCGUCCUCCUCCUCCUCCGACCGCUCCUCAGGAUCCAGCAAGUCGGUGAAACCAUCUGCCGCGCUGACGUCAGCCGCAGCGGCGGCCCAGGCCGGGAUGCUGCCGGCGGCCACAUCCAUAGACCUUUUCUCGGUGGCCCCGACGCCGACGCUGCCCGCAUGCCAGCUCUACUACCAUAGCCAACCUACGCUGACGCAUACACCUCUGGCACGUGAUCAUCAGCUCACCUCACCGGAGUCGACGUCACUCCUCCUGCAGUGGCCGCCAGGCCAGUACAUGCCGGCGACGGAGCUCGGCGGCGUCCUCGGCUCCCACGGGCACAAUCCGGCGGUCACCCACCACCAACCAUCAAUCUCCCCGGGCGUGCUCCUUGCAGGCCUAUGCAACGAAGCACUAGGGCAAGAAAUCAUGGACGACAUGAGCUGCUCCAAGCAGGGGUUCGGCCAUUACAUGGACAUGAGCUGCACCGAGCUGAGCAGCAAAACCGACGCGGUGAGCACCGUGAUUAGGGACGACGAGAAGGCGAGGCUGGGGUUACUGCCCUACGGCGUCGGUGUCACUGCGUCUGCAACCGAUCCGGCGCCACGCCAUCAUCACCACCACCACCACCAUCACCUUGCCUCUCCUGUGCAUGCUGCUGUUGCCGCUGCAGAUGCUCCAUUCACCACCACUGCUGCUGCGACGCCAAGCAGCAACGUCGUCGCCAGCAACUCUGCACUCGCCGAUCAGUUGCAAGGGCUGUUGGAUGCUGGGUUGCUGCAGGGAGGGGCGCCGCCGCCGCUACCCUCGGCGACGGUGGUGGUGGUGAGCCGUGACGCCCUGACGAUGGGCACGAAGACCACGAGCUAUAGCUUCCCGGCGAUGAUGCACCUCAACGUGAAGAUGUUCGGCGAGGCGGCCGUGCUGGUGCGCAACAGCGGCGAGACGGUGCUCGUCGACAACUCCGGCGUCACCGUUGAGCCGCUGCAGCAGGGUGCGACCUACUACGCAGUGCUGGCGACCGAGGACGUUGUGCAGUGGAGUACGUAA